GGGCGAGAUAGAAUCCUAACGAACCGUUCUCUUGAAUCACAAACUCAUAAGAUGAUUUCCAAAAAUUUGUAAUUUAAAAAGGAAACAAAACCUAAACUUAUAUUUUUGGGGGGGUAAGAGAGACGGGGUCGAUGCACGUUUCCUUCAAUCUUUACACCCCCAAUCGCAAUCAUGCGUUGAUUCAUAUUAUCUUUUUUUCCCCUUGAUUCAACGAAAUUAAUGAUGGGUUUGAAUUUGAUGAACAUGGAGUGUGGUGGCGCGAAUGAAACGACGGAGAACGACGGUUGCGGCGGCGACGGUGAUGAUGCUGGUGCUUGUGCAGGGGAACCUUUCGUUCCACCUAUUAAUUUUGCUAAUGUUGAAGAUCGAGUAUACAGAUCUGGAUUCCCUCAACCUUCGAAUCUCCCCUUUCUCGAGACCCUACAGCUUCGAUCCAUCAUAUAUUUGUGCCCCGAACCCUAUCCUACAGAAAAUUUAGAAUUCCUAAAAGCUCAUAAUAUUCGACUCUUUCAAUUUGGAAUUGAUGGCACCAGGGAGCCUUCCGUAGACGUUCUUACUAACAUUAUCACAGAGGCUCUCAAAGUUUUAAUCGAUGUGAGAAUCCAUCCUGUUCUAAUACAUUGCAAACGAGGAAAGCAUCGGACAGGGUGUCUUGUGGGGUCCCUACGAAAGGUGCAGAACUGGUGUUUAUCAUCGGUAAUGGAUGAGUACAAGGUUUAUGCAGGCAUAAAAUCAAGAGACACAGAUUUGAAAUUCUUGGAGACAUAUGACGUGUCAUAUUUAAGACAAUGUCUUCAAAGUGUUAUAUACCAGUACCAUGGAUAUGGUUCCAAGAAACGAAGGUUGUUGUCUGGAGAAGAUGUGCGACAUAAAUCGAGGAUAACUUCUAUAUAGGUUGAUCAUCUUUUUUGGAAUGGUUUUAUUUUUAUUUUUAUUUUGGUUUUGGGGGGUGAAGAUGAUGUGUUGUUUAAUGAUAGUUUCGUUUGAAUAUUAUUAUACCAUACAACCAUUGAUUUAUGUUAAAACAUGAGUGAAUUCAUCAUGAAGGGAAUCAAUUGCAUUGUUCUAGUUUUGGGGAAAGGGAAAAAUGAGCGUGUGAUUUUGGAAGAAGAAUAUGGAAAAAUGCAACUGUGAAUGAGAAAAUUCGAC